AUGUACAAUCUCAUAUCCAAAGCUACAUCCCCUUCCAAGCCAUUGCAGCGUCACUUGAACGAACGAGAAGAACUAUUCAAGAAUGUUUUGGAAUUGCCUUUGGACGUGAAGAGAGAUUUGGUGGAUAAAUUGUUAUGGUCUUUACCUCGAAACGAAAUUAUCAAAUUGAAUGAACAGUUAAAUGGGAUCUUACAGAGGGAUAUCAUAGGUUCUCUCCCACCUGAACUUUCGAUAUUGAUAAUCUCCAAAUUGGAUUUAGGGGAUAUAUUGAAUUGCGGAUUGGUAUGCAAGGCUUGGAGAUGCAUCGUUGAGGAGCAGGCUCUCUGGGCAUUGCUAUGCGUAUCUUCCUCACCACCCAUUCGACUUUCUCAACCCACCUGGUCGGAUAUUCAGACCACUCGCUCCAUCCUCUCUCAGCCCAGGCUCAGUCAUUCCUCUGACGAAGAUGAAGAAGAGGAAGAGUAUGAUGACAGAUUUGGAUAUGGGUAUACAGAACCGUCAAGCGGUAAUGGCAAUCGAUCAAACCUAGAUCCAUUGGGAUUAGGUAUGAAAAGUGGAUUGAGGAAGAACGUAUGGGAACGAAAUAGUUCGACAGAGCAUAAUGGUAGUUUACCUAUCUACCUCCAUCCUCAGCUGUCCAUGAACAAUAUAUCGAAUUUAGAGAAGGUCGGUGGUAAGAAAGAUAAAGAUAAAGGUACAUUUUCGCCGAUUCAGAGUCAUCUACCUAUCCCAUCCACGAAGCCUCAAGCGAAUUACAAACAUUUAUAUAUCGUACAUCAAAUUAUUAAUCGACGAUUGACCACUCCUAGACCAAUCCAUCAAUACAAUACAUUCAAUCUGGAGACAGACAAAUCGGUAUUUGUACCUAAACCACUUACAAUUGAUAUGAUCACAUCAGUCAAGAACGGUGGACUACCUGGACAUUCAGAAGCGAUCUAUUCGAUAAAUCUUAUCAAUCACGAGAUGAAAUUCGAUUUGAAUAUGAAUUGUAUGGAAUGUCAUCAACCGACCCCCACUUCCAACAGCCCCUUCUCACUAUCACCCGGACCAUUAUUGCCUGGACAGAAGAUACCCACACGGACAUCGACAUCGACAACAAUCAAGGGCAAAGAAUGGUUAUUAACUGGUUCUAGAGAUAAAACUUUGAGAUUAUGGUAUAUAGGUAUGAACGGAUCGGCAUUGGGACCUAGAGUAAUCAGGAUCUUCCAAGGGGGACACAGUGGUUCGGUAUUGACUCAUUGUGUGGUGAAAGUUCCCAUGCCUAUUGAUAUUCAAGCUACUACAUCACCUACGAAAGGGAUAGAAGGGAUCAACUUGAAUGGAUCAAGAUCACCAAAGAAAAAUAGGGAGAACAAUAGGCUGGUAGCUGUAUCAGGAGGCAGUGACGGCAAGAUCUGUUUAUGGGAUGUAGAAAAUCAACAUCAAGGUGCUAGCUCGUCAGUAAACCCCGAGAAGAUGGUGCAAGGUCAUAAGGAUAGUGUACUUUGUGUUAGAGCGAAUGAGAAAUAUGUGGUAUCCUGUUCGAAAGAUAAAACAAUCAAAUUGUUUGAUAUUCACACACUUGGAGAGAAAUUGGUAAUUGGUGGAUCUGGAUCUGGAUUAGAAUCGGAUGAUCAAUUACACAAAGGCGCAGUGAAUGCUGUGGGCUUGACUGAGGAUUACAUCAUCUCAGCAUCUGGUGAUAAGACUAUACGAAUCUGGUCGAUCCAUACCGGCCAAUUACUAUCCGUCAUAGAAGCUCAUUCGAGAGGUAUAGCGUCUAUCGAUUUCUCUUCUGAACCGACAUCUUGCGAACCGUUACUCGAAAAAGGGGAAAGGUGGAAAGGGAGUCUGGUCACUGGAGCUUCGGAUGCUAGUAUCAAGGUAUUCCAUCUGAUCGAGAGGCAUUUGGAUUCGAUUAUGGAUCUCAAUUCCGAUUCUACAUUGUCCGAUUUAGAUGGAGAUGGAAUUCGGAAGAUUGAAGAUUCGAUGGAUAUUGAUACCACUUCUUCCAAUGAUACCUCACCAGAAGUCCAAUUUCCUCAACGCACACCGAUAAAUGGUAAAUUGGUAUAUCUGAAAGAAGAUCAUACGAUGUGGGCACCGUGUGUCUGUCCACCUGGACUUGGGGUUAGUCGACCGAACCUCAGCGAUACCGACUCUCACUCAUUCGAGAGAUGUAGGAGAUGUGGGAAUAGGGGACAUACCGAACUGGUAAGAACGGUUCAUAUAGGUGAGAGGGUGAUUGUUUCAGGAAGUUACGAUUCCAAAGUCAAGGUAUGGGAUCGUCAAUCCGGACAACACCUGAUUGAUUUAUCAGGUUCACAUACUGGUAGGAUCUUCUCGGUCACAAGUGAUAAAUCCAAAAUCAUCUCGACGGGUCUGGAUUGUAGGAUAAAUAUCUGGAAUUUCGCUUAUGGUCUGGAUACGAGUUUCGUUGAGCUCUAG